UAGUCAAAAACUCGUCACUUCCGUGUUUUGAACAAAACAACUUCGAGGUUGUUUGUGUGAAUUUGGAGUGAAAAACAACAGCAUGGGUCAUAACUGCACACAUAUACAAGCAUAUAAUUAUAUCUACCCAGAAGUAUCCUAGAAGACAUUAACCAUGCCGCCAAGUUCAGGUGAACUAUGGGGUCACCACCUGAUGCCCCAGCAGGUCCUGGUGGAUUGUCUCCUACCAAACGGGAUCUUGGUGCAGCUUUUCGUGAACCGUGAUGCAACUCUUGAGUCCAUCAAGGCCAAUGUGUGGAUUGAGGCGAGGAAAUUCCCUCUGUAUCACUUACUGUUGGAUCCCGCAUCCUAUAUUUUUGUCAGUAUAACGCAGGAUGCGGAGAAGGAGGAGUUUUACGAUGAGACACGCCGCCUGUGUGAUUUAAGACUUUUUCAGCCUGUUCUCAAGGUUGUGGAACCAAAGGGUAACCGAGAGGAAAAAAUGUUGAACUAUGAAAUUGGUAUGACCAUUGGAAUACCUACAAAUGACUUCAAUGAGAUGAAGGAUCUAGAAAUUGUGACAUUUCGACGAAACAUAUUAGAUAUAUGUAAAGAUUGUGUGGACCUUCGUGAGUCAGCAGGCAAGGAAAGUCUAGCUUUGUAUGCCUACCCUCCUAAUGUGGAAUCCACAUCUAAUCUUCCCAAACACCUGGAGGACAAACUCGCAUCCUAUGAUAACUUUGUGGUGGUGUGUAUAUGGGUGGUGUCUGACGAUGGAAAUAGGACAAAGUUCAGUGUAAAGGUAUCCCACAAGGCCACACCUAUAACUGUGAUAGCAGAGACAAUUAGACGUCGUAGUCGGAUGAUGGGGAUCACGAAGGAACACGCCGAGCGCUGUAUUGAUGUGUACAGUACAGCAUACGCCCUCAAAGUGUGUGGGUCAGAUCAAUUCUUACUGCAGGAAUUCCCUAUUAGUCAAUAUAAGUAUGUGAGGGAAUGUGUUGCAAUUGACAAGAUCCCACAGUUUAUGCUACUCACCAGAGAGGGUAUAUAUGCAGCACUCCCGGAGAAUAACUUCGCAAUGCCUUCAUACGCUCAGAGAGGUCUCCAGGCGUUGCUGGACAUCAACAAUAAACAGACCAUUAGUCUGUGGGAGAUCCAGGCCAACCUCCGCAUCAGGAUCCUGUGUGCUACAUACGUCAAUGUGAAGGAGUCCUGCAAGAUUUUUGUUCGAGCUGGUGUUUUUCACGGAACAGAGGGGUUGUGUGAACCUCAGGACACCAAACUUGUCGAGUCCAACAAUCCGCGGUGGAAUGAGUGGCUCGAGUUUCUCUACAUCCCAGAUAUCCCUCGGUCAGCUCGACUUUGUCUAUCCAUCUGCUGUGUGUCCAAACGUAAAAAUAGGAAGGUGAUCAGCUACCCAUUGGCCUGGGGUAACUUACAGAUGUUUGAUUUUAAUGAUCGUCUGCUGAACGAAAAGGUCAGCCUAAACCUGUGGGCCAUGCCACAAGGAAUGGAAGAUUCACUCAACCCUAUUGGCCUCCCAGGUUCUAACCCUGACAAGGAGACGCCCUGUAUAGAGAUCGAGUUUGACAAGUUUAGCUAUCCGGUGUCCUACCCACCCGAAUCCCACUUUGAAGAACUGGCACAUAUGGCAUCAUCACGAGAGAGGAGGUCACAAUAUCUAGAAACAGCACAAAGCAGGAAAAAGGAAGAAGAACUUGUGAUUGAUAUCAUCAAACGUGAUCCUCUGUCAGAAAUAUACGACCAAGAGAAAGAAAUCUUGUGGAAAAGGAGGGAAUACUGUCUACAACACCCACACUCUCUCCCCAAACUUGUGUCGGCUGCCAAGUGGAACGACAGGGAACAGGUAGCACAGUUAUACAUGCUGCUGAAGAAAUGGCCCCAGCUGAAGCCUGAGGUAGCACUGGAACUCCUAGACUGUUCCUUUCCAGACAUACAGCUGCGCAGAUUCGCUGUCACUUGUUUUGAAAUGGGUCUCACUGACGACAAACUACAGCAAUUUCUUCUACAGCUUGUACAGGCAUUGAAGUUCGAGCCACACCUGGACAGCCCUAUAGCCAGGUUCCUGCUGAAGAAGUCCCUUCUGAACCAGCGUAUAGGGCAAAACUUCUUCUGGCUACUAAAAUCAGAGAUGCACCACACCAACAUCCGAGUGAGGUUUGGUUUAAUACUGGAGGCGUUUUGUCGUGGCUGUGGCCCUUAUCUGCGGAUGUUGUCACGCCAAGUGGAGGCUCUGGACAAACUCACUAAACUCACCGAUAUGUUGAAGAGUGAUGUGCGUGAGGAUGAUCACCUGCGCGUCCUCCAGGAACACCUACGACAGCCAGAUUAUCAGGAGGCUCUAACAAACUUCAUGUCGCCCCUCAACAACAGUCAUCGACUUGGGGACAUCAACCUGGACGACUGCCGUGUGAUGAAAUCUAAAAAGCAUCCUCUAUGGAUUGUGUGGACCAAUCCUGACUCACUGGCAGACGUCUGGUUCCCUAAUUACAAAAUCAUUUUUAAACAUGGGGAUGAUCUGCGACAAGACAUGCUGACGUUACAGUUGCUGGGUGUGAUGGAUGUCCUGUGGAAGGAUGCAGGCCUAGAUCUCAGGUUGAUUCCGUACGGCUGUGUGUCGACGGGGAAGGACGUGGGAGUUAUACAGGUAGUGAGACAGGCUGAGACUCUGAUGGAGAUACAGAGUAAAGGGGGCAUGAAGGGAGCCAUACAGAUCGACUCCAGUGCCCUACACAAGUGGAUCAGCAUGAAAAACAAGGAUAAGUAUGACCAGGCUAUUGACACCUUCACCCGAUCCUGUGCUGGCUACUGUGUUGCAACCUUUAUUCUGGGAAUUGGUGACCGUCACUCAGAGAAUAUCAUGGUUACAGAAGAAGGACAGGUAUUUCAUAUAGACUUUGGACAUUUCCUCAACCAUAAGAAAAAGAAGUUUGGAAUCAACAGAGAGCGAGUACCAUUUGUAUUGACCGAAGAUUUCAUGCGUGUAAUAACCAGAGACUCCGACAAAGCCCAGAAACAGGAGAGCUUUAAAAAGUUUGCCAAGAUGUGUAUGGAAGCAUACCUUGUGCUGCGUGAGAAUGCUCAUCUCCUUAUCAACCUCUUCACCAUGAUGCUCUCCUGUGGUAUACCAGAGCUACAAUCUCUUGACGACAUCAGCUACCUCCGCAAAACCCUGGCUGUGGAGAAAUCAGAACGCGAUGCAGUGGAAUAUUUCUCUAAACAAUUCAAUAUUGCUGUUGGUGAACAAUGGAAACAGAAAGUAGAUUGGUUCUUCCACAAUGUCAAAAACAUGUGAUGGAGAGAAUACCAGACACGUGUGAUGGACAGAAAGUCAGGCGCUUUUGUUGAACAAAUUGUCAGACAUAAGUGUUGAACAGAAAGUCAGACACAUAUGAACAGAAUGUAAGACUCUUGUGGUCAGAAUGUAAUGCAGUGACAUAUUUAUCCGGACAAUUUGAUAUUGCCGUUAGUGAACAAAGGAAGGAGAAAGUAGAAUGUUCUGCCACAAUGUCAAAAACAUGAGAUAGACAGAAAGUUGGACAUGUUUUAUGAACAGAUCGUCAGACACGUGUGAACAGUACACCCAAUACAAAUAUGAUAAACAGGACGUAAGGUAAAUGUGAUAAACAGAAUAUUGGACACAUGAUAAAAAGAAUGUCGGAUGCUUCUGCUGAACAGAAAGUUUGAAAGGUGUGAUGAUGAACAGAACAUCUGGCACAUGUGAUUGAAAGAUUGUCAGAAUGGAACAUUAUGUCGGGUAUACAAGAUAAAGAAAAUACCAGGCGCGUACUGAACAUAAGGCAUGUUAUAAACAGAAUCUCAUACGUGUGAGGGAAAGAAUGUCAGGUGCAUUUGGUGAAUAGAACUUUAGACGUGGAGUAGAAUGUUUGACAGGUGUGUUUGAACAGAAUGUCAGAAAUAAUUGAUGUUUAGAAUGUAUUAGGUAUAUCUGAUGAAUCAAACGAGCUUCAUUCAUGCAGGAAGAAUGUAAUGUUAAACACACUUUCAACAGAAUGUUUGUAAGUAAGUAUACUUAUAGUAAGUGUGUGUAUGAUAGUGGUUGUGAGGAAUAAAUUUAUAUUUGUUUUAUUUCAAAUUUGCUGCUGAAUUCUCUGUUCCUUAAACAAUUCAACAUGAUCAGAAUGAAUUUGAAUAGUUAGAUGGUUAAAUGUUAAGUUAUGUUCCAUGUUUUCCCCCUAAGAUGUUAUGACUGUAUUCAAUCCAACAAGAACCGGUAUAGAACUCAUAUUAAACUCAUCACAAUACUGCCUGCUACCUUUAAUGAAAAACCUCUGACCAUUUCAAAACAUGUUUAAUCAAUUAAUACAGAAAAGUGGCAUCCCAUUGGCUUGAUUGAAUAUAUGUAGACAAUGAUGAAUGAAUCAAACCAAAAGUAGAUAAAACAAUAUUUCCUUUUUCCUUUUCUGUAUAUUUUUCACAUAAUAUGAGUACUGUUUAAGUCUGAAAUGCUGUUUCAAUAUAACGUCUAUAAAAACCAAUUGUUAGAUAUUAAGUUUAAGCGGCCUACCUAUCUCUACUUCAAGGUGCUGAAUUCAGAAACACGGCAACAUGUCUUGUCUCAUUUGGUGUAUAUUGAAUUAUUUUACAUUAGAUUUAUAUUUUAGGAUUUAUUAGUUGAAUGAUAAUUAAUAAGAUUCAAUUAUAUAAAUAUUGAAUCAUGCAGUUAUAUUGUAACCAUACAUAUUGGUACCAAAAAUUAACAUUGUGUUAUUCAAUAUUUAAUUAUAUUACUUGAUUUAUAAGUUAAAAUAUAUUGUGUUAUUUAUUUGAUGUAUUGUGUGGUUCAGUGGUUGAUUAUAUUGAUGAUUCAAUUGUUGAAUUAUGUUGUAUGAUUCAAUGUUUGAAUUGUGUUGCAUGAUUCAAUUAUUGAAUUAUGUUGCAUGAUUCAACAAUUGAAUUAUAUAGUAUGAUUCAACGGUUGAAUUAUAUUGUAUGAUAUCGAUUCAAUGGUUAAGUUAUGUUGUAUGAUUCAAUUAUUGAAUUAUGUUGCAUGAUUCAACAAUUGAAUUAUAUAGUAUGAUUCAAUGGUUGAAUUCUAUUGUAUGAUUCAUGGUUGAAUUCUGUUUUAUGAUUCAAUGGUUGAAUUCUGUUGUAUGAUUCAAUGGUUAAAUUGUAUUAUAUGAUUCCUAUUACAUGAUGCAUUAGUUGAGUUCUGUUAUAUUUUUCAAAUAGAUUAUGUAGUAUAUAUGUGAUUAAAUUGAGAACAGUAUUCAUAAUAUAUAGCUAUUUCUACAAUAGCAGUAGUCCGUAUCCAUUAAGUCUCAAGAGCCCUAGGUUGUUAGUGUGUGUGUGACCUCUGACCUUCAAGGUUAUGUAUCAGAUGCAAGCAUACCAAUGUUUACAAAUAAUAUGUAUACUAACUAUGUAGGUUAUUCUACCAUAAUGAAGGUUUGUAAUACAAUAUUGCUGUAAAGUUACUGAGGAUAUUAGCCAUGUUGAGGUAUGCAGCUGAGCCUCGUUAAUCCAGCUAGCACUAAUCUGGCUGUCCCAGUACCCAGCCUCCAUAAUCCAGCUAGCACUAAUCUGGCCGUCCCAGUACCCAGCCUCCUUAAUCCAGCUAGCACUAAUCUGGCUGUCCCAGAACCCAGCUUCCAUAAUCCAGCUAGCACUAAUCUGGCUGUCCCAGUACCAAGCCUCCUUAAUCCAGCUAGCACUAAUCUGACUGUCCCAGAACCCAGCCUCCUUAAUCCAGCCAGCACUAAACUGGUUUUCCCGCUAUCUGGCGUUUGAUUCAUGGGGCAAUAUCUUCUUGGAAUUAUUUCACAAGGAUCUUAUAACUGGCUCUGUAGGUUUUUGUUCCAAUAGAUAGUUUUUGAGGGUGAUUUUUCAAGUCAGAUAUGUAUGUCAAUUUAUAUGUUAAGGCUGUAUGGUACCUAAAGGUAAAGAUACAUGAAGAUUUACACAUAAAUGUUGUGUGUAUUUUAAUUGGUAAUUCAUUUCUAAUUCUACAAGGAACUACAGUAUUCAUUAUAAAUUGUUAAUAUCUCACAACAACUACAAAAGUAUCAAUCUUUCUGCUCUAAAAAUAUUUUCAAACUAUCCACACUUUUGACAAACAAAUUGUGUUCUUUUAAUAUUCCUGACCAAAACUACUUCGCCCAUGAACUGUUGUAGGUAAGGCCCGUGACCAUAUGAUCAUAAAAGUACUAUACCUGACUAAAACUACUUUACAUGAGUUGUUAGGUAAGGCUCGGCACCUUGUGAUGAUAAUAGAUUCAGAGCUGAUAAACUGUCAGAAGUGGUAUAAACUUGUCAUGUUAUGGUGUGGACAGGUGGACUAGUGUAAGGCGUAAAAAUAAAUAUUAUCAAGUUUUUGUAUAUGUGCUAUGUACUGUAAUACAUACAUGCCAGAACUCACGGCGUGAGGCCCAAUCUCACGGAAUUUCAAUUCCGAUAAAGUCUCACGGCGUGGGACACAAAAUCACGGAAAGUCACGUAAACCUCACGGUAAUUUUAUGUUGCACUUCAAUGAAUUCUGUAAUACACACACAAAAACAAAAACCCAGACCUCACACAGGUGAUAAAUGCAACUUUAAUAUAGAGUUGACAGACAUGUGGCAUAGUAAUCUUUUGAUUAACUCAUUCACCCCUGAAAUUUCAUAAUGAACUAUUCCAACAUUUGAAUUGGAAGAGUUCAAAUGUGUCUUCAGGGGUGAGAGAGUUAAGAGUCAUUUCAUAAACUUUAGGUUCAUUAUUUUUGUCAAACAGAAUAACAGGUAGAUCUCCUUUCAAAAUUCUUAGGACCAGUUGGAAAUAACAAUGAAAUCUGGUGUAAUGAAACUUUGGGACCAAAUAACAUCUUAAAAUGAAAUUGAAUGGGGGCCAACAUUAUAUAAUUAUUAUUUAGUUUUUGUAUAUUUCGUUAAUGAAUCACAAGGUCAAAGCUAACCACCGAAUUGUAUAGAAUUGCCAAAUUGAAGAUUUGAUGUUGGUGAUAUAUACAUAUAAAACUAUACAGAGACCAGGAAAUCUAAUGUGAGGCUAUUGUGAAAUUUAAAAUUGUAGGAUAUUUCUUAACUGCAGAUUCCUUUCGAUCGUAAUGUCCGUUUCAUAUGAAUUUCGUAUUUAUGAUUGUCCUAGUCCCUAGGAUAGGACUAGAAACCUUAGGUUCUCAGUGUACAUAAACACACUUUUGUUAUGAUCGACGUUAGCCAAGGCUAUGACCGCUACCGAUUGUGUUUACUUCAGAAGUGGCGGGGCCACAUGUACAGGGGGGGGGGGGACAUUUAACUCAGAAGCAGCUAAACAGAUUAUCCAAAAUAUAUCUGUAUAAUCAGGUUCUAUAAGUGCAAAAUUUAUUUCGAAUUAUGAUCCAAAAUCCUACCUAUUGUGACAUCAUAGUCCAACAUCGUAUUCAAAGUCAAUUUUACAUCAAAAUUUGUAUUUACAUUAUUUUAACAGAUCAUAAUUUUUUUCUAAAGAAAUGGUUGAUUGUAGAGAUAUGAGAAAAAUGAUGACUUGUAAAUGUUUGAUUUUCCGAUAUUGGGGGAUGAUAUUUUGUAACGUCUCCAAUCACAAAUCUGUUCGCAUUGCUUCCAUUUAUUGAUUUGUCAUUUCACAUGACAUAAAUGGGAGCAAAGUUCUGAUUUAAAUUAGAUUUAGACCAAUGAUCGGGGUUGUUUCAAAAUAUCAUUCCUUCACCGAGAAAUUCUGUCGUACACAAAACGUGUAUAAUCCUUUCUCAGUGCCACAGUGUGGUUGUAGAAGGUAAGGGUUGAGCUACACAUGUACAGCACAAUUCACCCUGACAUUGUCCCUGUCUUUGUGUAUUUUAUAGGUUGUUGGUUUGAACAUGGUUGUCACUAUUUACUACAAAUCUUCAAAAGUCCAUGGGCUUUUACGUUCUCUGUGCCCCAUAUGUCAUGAAAACUCGAAGGCCUGUAUACGCCACCUUGGGGAUGAAACAAGUGGACCAGUUUGAUAUUUUGAUAUACCUCAGACAGAAGAAUUGUGCCGAAACAUGAUGGGAAAAUUGUCAGGCUUUGAAGUCAGGUGUUGCUGCGCAAAGGACAGAUAUCGGCCUAGGGUUGGUCAAUGUUUAUUUUACCAGAAACAAAUCAAAUAGCUAGCUAUGUGCCUUCGAUUUUGUCCUGACAUAGUGCAGGGGUGCCGAGAACGUAAGGGAGCUAACUCAUGGACUUUCGGGGAUGUAUUUACCGUUAUAUAUACAAUGUAUGUACAGUGUAUUUAUUGUCUGCAGUUGUUUACUGUUAAAAGGUGUGAGUGCUUCUUUACCGAAUGGUUGUGACUAGUUGUUUAUACACAGAGUGCUUGAUUUUGGAAGUCUUUUCCCAACCACAGCACACAUUAUAUACAUAUUACCAUCUUACAUUAAUAGAAAUUACAUUUAAUAAGAUGUUUAACUCUGUUUAUAUUUCAUUUCAAAUUUCUUAAUCAGAGCUAUACGUUUUUCAUUUUUUUUUUCAUUUUAGCAAAAACUCAAGAAUGCUGUUAUCAUAUUACCUAGAAUUAUGCAAAUAUUCACAAUAUCGUUUUUCUUCUUACUGCCCUCAGUUCACUUCAGCAUGAUGCUGCUAUCUGUUUGUUAUGUUUAUUGUUUUGAAUACAAUGAAAAUUAUGACUGCAUAGUCCUGUGACAAAGUGUCCAUUAUAUAAUGUUUCUUACACCACAGGACCAACACAUUAACCUAUUUACACAAUUGUCCAACAAAGGUCAUAUUCUCAAACAAUUCCAACCAAUGUUUUUGUUCUUGUGUUCUUUACAUAUUUUUGAUUGAAUGAAUAACUUUAUGAAUGAACCUGGCAAAUGGAAUAUUAUUUUUGUGAAAAUAUAAAUCACACAUUUAUUGUAUAUCAUGAUGACUAAUUAUCAUGUGCACAAAACCAACAAAUAAAAAACUAUGAAGAAUU